AUGGAUGACACCUUGAAGCAUUUCCACAGGUACCACAAGAUAUUCCAAACAUCUGGUCUCAUUCAAGCAUUCAGUGCACCAAAUGGGCUUUGUUCAUCUAUUACAGACUCCAAACACAUUAAAGCUGUCAAGGAGCCAUGGUGCUGGUUGAGUUGUUUCGAAGCUCUCAGUCAAAUGUUACUAACCAAUCAACAUCUUGACAAGCUAGCUGCUUCAUGCGUCAAUUUUUUUGACCACAGGAUGCUACAAGGGAUGUGUUUGUCAUACAUCCUUAACAAACUUGGUAUGUGA